UGGCGUGCUCGACGCUGCUCGCUGGGUCACGCACGCUGCAGUCCGGCUGGAUGUUUGGCGUCGCGUGUACGCGAUGGGAACGUUACCCGGUUUGCACAUCUCGUCCUGCGGCUUCACCGGCGGUGGCGACACGGCACCAGUGAGUAGAGCUUUGUGAUUAGGCAGCAUUCAGAUGCCUGGGACAGAUCCAUGGGCCAGAAGGACCAUGUGGAAGCAGCAGCAGGCCACAUCCUCGACCUGGGGUUGGAUUUGGAGUAUCUCCACAUAGCAGGGGCUGACUGGCAGGCUGGCGGUGCUGACAAACCCCCUGCUAUGGAGGAGCAGGGGGAGUGCUCCAGCAACAGCAGCACACUUGAGCCUUCUGUACCGGUUACAGCAGAGGAAAAUGUCAGGUCCAGUGCUGAAUGCGAGUUGGCACCAUGUUUCGGUGCUGCACUCGCCACUAGCCCAGACCCGAUUGGCGGAGAGAGUGGAUUACCUCAUGGCAAGAACAGCCACCAGCCGCUAUGUCGGACCCCUUGCGUGGAUUUGGGGACUGACGGGCCUCCUGAGCUACCAUCUGAAUUUCCACCAGAGCUUGGUCAAGAUAUCCACCCAGCCAGCUACCCAUGCAAGCACCCAACUGAAGCGCCAUCAUGUCCAUCUCCGUCAGAGUCGGCAUCUGAGGACAGCGUGAAAGAAUACCGGGCUAAGCUGGACUUUGCCCUGAAGUUAGGGUACUCUGAGGAAACCGUUCGACAGGUGCUGUCCAAACUUGGCCCAGACACCCUUAUCAAUGACAUACUGGGAGAGCUGGUCAAAUUGGGAAGCAAGACAGAUAGUGAGCAGCAGUCUGGGUCGUUGGCCUCUACAUCUUCAUCUUCAUCUUCCUCCUGUGGUUGUUCCGAUGUGCUGGAGGGCCAGCGCUCUGACUCACCCUGCCCUUCAGAUGUGCUGUGUGACCAGGACAAUCUGCGACCAGUUGUGGUAGACGGCAGCAAUGUAGCCAUGAGCCAUGGCAACAAGGAAGUGUUUUCCUGCCAGGGCAUUCAGCUAGCUGUCGAUUGGUUCCUUGAGCGCGGUCAUCAUGACAUCACUGUGUUUGUGCCUGCAUGGCGGAAAGAACAGUCCCGCCCUGAUGCCCCUAUAACAGACCAGGAGAUCUUGCGUCGCCUUGAGAAAGAAAAAGUCCUCGUCUUCACACCAUCACGCCGUGUCCAAGGUCGACGGGUGGUCUGCUAUGAUGAUCGCUUCAUUGUCAAGCUAGCCUAUGAGUCAGACGGCAUCAUCGUCUCCAAUGACAACUACCGUGACCUGGCAAACGAGAAGCCAGAGUGGAAGAAAUUCAUCGAUGAGCGUCUGCUCAUGUAUUCCUUCGUUAACGACAAGUUCAUGCCCCCAGAUGACCCACUUGGGCGCCAUGGGCCAAGUUUAGACAACUUCCUGAGGAAAAGACCUGUAAUCCCAGAACAGAAGAAGCAGCCUUGCCCAUAUGGAAAGAAGUGCACUUAUGGCCACAAGUGUAAGUACUACCAUCCAGAAAGGGGUACACAGCCCCAGCGCGCGGUGGCUGAUGAGUUGCGUGCCAGUGCCAAGAUCUGUGUUACCCCUAAGAACCAGGGUGACACUGGGCUGGUAAAGAGCCACAGUGUGCCAGCUGGCAGCAUUGAGGCAAAAAAGGGAGCUCCAAAAAGACAGUCAGACCCAAGUAUUAGAGCUCUGUCCUACAGUGACGCUGAGGAGAAACUGCUGGCCAAAGGGAGGGUGGAAAGUCAGAAGAGCAUGUGUAGUAGUGGCGGCGGCAGUAGCUCGAGCAGCAGCAGUAGUUGCAGUGGCAGCGUAACCAUCUCUCCUGCACCAGGAGGUCCUCUGUCUGGAAUGAACCAUCUCCAGGACCAGCCAUCCAGAGCAGGCACUCCUCACGGUCAUCUGCCUGCACCCAGCAUUGACCUUUACCCUCACUGUGAAUCUCCAGACUUGGGUUACUACACUGUAGCACGCGCCUACUCCGGCCUCAGCCUCUCCAGCCAGCGUAGCCCAGACUGUCACUGCCCCGCCGAUGCAGACCAACGGCUCGGCUCCAUGGGCUCAGCAGGCUCUGAAUGUGGGAGCGAAAGCAGCAUGAGUUGCGGGAGUAACUGCGACUUGCACAACGAAAGGCUCGGCCUUGGAUGCCACACAGAUAAUUUUCAGGAAGAUGGCGUUCACUAUGCUAAUCUCCACAGCCGCCCGUACCCCCCACAUUCCACAUCCAACCACGAGUUUUGUGGCCUUUAUCCUUCCGAUUACACAAAUAUUCAACACAGCCACCUAUCGAAUAGUGGUGUGCACAGCUACCAUCUUAAUGUGGCACACGAGCCGCCUCCUGACACGCCACCGAAGCGCCCCCUUUACCCCUUGCCCCCACAUCUUCAGCACCAGCCACUGACUGCACGUUCCAGCUGUCCCGGGGACUACUACUCACUGCCCCAGUCUAGUCCUCACCCACCGGGCUCUCCCCUUGGACGCUGCCUUGCUCCCACCAGAGCAGACAGCGUGUCAGACUCUCACCUUUACGAACACCUCUCAACAUCACACCAUCACCAUCGGCCAAAGGUUUUGCCCAGCUGGGACACCUACUGCAGGCAGCCACUGUUACCGCCAUCUGCCUAUCAAAGCCUUCCGGACACACGGCAGUUAUCUUGGCAAGCCCCUCCAUGGGCACAUGACAACUACGCCCAGCACCACUCCUCUCAGCCAACUCUACACCAGUCCCCAACACGUUACCACCCACCACCUCCAGCACACUCUCACCCACCGCACGCCUCCGGCACACCUCUCCUGCCUUACACCACACACCUUACAGUACCUUCCCACACGUCUCCCUCCUACUUGCCCCAGCACCCAAAAUCUCCUGCACACAGCUGCUACGGGGACAUGAGGGAGAAGGUGUAUGUCAACUUAUGCAACAUCUUCCCUUCGGAGCUGGUGAGCCGGGUGAUGACGAGGAGCCCCCACGUCACAGAUCCCCAGCAGUUGGCAGCUGCCAUUCUCGCAGAGAAGGCACAGACAGGGUACUGAUGACAGUCAGGAAAAAUGUGUCUUCAUGAGAAAACAGGAGCUAUGGACACAGAAGAAAAAGUAUGCAGUGAAAUUCUACAGUGGAAUUAUUAAACACAGGAAUGACAUUUUUCCUUUAUAGUGAGAUAAUGCGCAAGAAAAUAGAACAAUAAUCCACCUAUGAUCAGCAACUAACUUCAUGAAGAAUGGAUCAAACUCAUUUCAAAAGACUGACUUUGCACCAUUUUAUUUUUUUAGUACCUUAUUUUUUAUAACUUUCAAUCAAAUGGCGAGUGUCGAGUCAAGAAAAAAAACGCGGUCUUGUUGGAGGUGCCAUUUUUGACAGAGCAACUAUGUUAAAUGCUUGAAACUUUUUUUUUUUUUUAAUUGCAAUCAUGUUAAAAAGUUUCAAACUCAUCUGUUGUGUGGAAUGAUGAUUAACUAGUUUACACCUAUUUGAACCAAAAUCUAAAACCAGUAUUUGCUCAUAGUGGUUCGAAAUCUGUUCAAGACUAAAGCCUCAUUCACACGGAGACGUGCAUAGCAUCCAUGUGUCAUGUCACCACUAGCGGUACACUGUACAAACGACACAUACAGUACCACACGGUUGAUAUAAAAUUGGCACUACACAAUUUCACCAUAUCGCUAAAGUUAUUUCACACCAAGGUGUGCGGUACUUAACUUUUCCUUCAGAUGGCGUUUGUACUAAAACGUGGCGAAACAAGUCAAAAUAGUUUUAAGUCAUUUCAUUUCAAUUGAAACAAAUUGGUAUUGUCACAUGCAUCCCAAAUGCACUAAUUACGGUCAAUGAAAUGACUGAAAUGUAUGAAAGAAAAAGCUAUGUGGCACUAAAUGGUAUUAAACUGUCAAAUGUAAAAAUAUUGUCAAGGCAUGUUACUAAGGUAUUUUCCAGACUCAUGUUGCACCGGAUAAUAAGUCGUAUCUGUCCAAAAAUGUGUCUGGAGGGAUUUCAUCGAUCCCAAAGUCAUUUAUUUUUGAAACAUGGUGCUAUUGCUUCAUGUACCAAGAAACAAAAUUAAUUUUAACACCGCAUUAUUUUUUAACACAAACCCUCCACUAGCAAGCAGAAGCUAUUGGACUCAAUGUUGUUAUAUGGAGGUACAAAGAAGUCAAAUAAAUUGCUUCUUGUCACCACUGAACAGCGAAAGAUGCACCUUUACUUCACUAAAUGUAAUUAAAUGUUUUAAAACAUCAGUUAGCCUCACCUUAGCCUAGAUGUCCUUGUUUCCAUUCUGGCCUUGCCACAAAGUGCAUUGGAGUACUGAGUAAUAUCUUUAUUCAAGAGCAUGCACUUUCAGUUUGAGAGCAUGAUUUAUUCAUUUCACCUAUUCUCCAAAAUCUAGCACAUCCUUCACAGUUGUAUCUUUUUGUUUUACAGGGGUAUGCAUCCAGCUUAAUGGUGAGUUAUUGCCAACUUCCGCUCCAGAGUAUGAAUCACUAUCUCAUUCAGUACACAGGAGCAGCUUGCCACAUGUAUAGAUUGUGCGGUCAUAGAUAAUUCAGUAUUUUUUCCAUAUAAAUCGCAUUGAAAUAUAAGUCGUAGGACAAGCAAAACAAGUGAAUAAAUGUUCUGACUUAGUUUGGAAAGCACAGUAUAUGCUAUAUGUGAGCAUUGCUGCCUGGCGUGUAAACGUCAUUGACUCAAGCUAGAGAGUCACUUUAUGCGUAAGACCUCCAUGUGAACAAAUACCAUAGGAAAUCAUGAAAAUGAUGACUGAGGAAAAAUACUGUUUGUUGAAUCCUGCGACUAGAUUAUUACUCUUACUACACAUUAUGAAGUUGUAAAUUGUGCUGAAAGUUCCAAUUUUAUGUGACAGAAUUGAUAUUCCAUACAGCAAAUAACAUCUAGACUUCAAACUAUGUGACCCCACUGCUCGUAUUCUCUUAAUCACUUUGUGUAUGUUGUGCUCCUGUUUGUGGGGGUUUCCUUGUUGGUAAAAAUAGAUGGACGUCGUCUUAUUUAAGACAUCUUCUGGGUUUUGUUUUUGGUUGGAAUUGUAGCUGUAUAGAUGGGUGACCCUGUCGUGUGUACCUUAGUUUUAGUAAGGGACAUCUCUCUCAAUCUCUCUCUGUGGCCCUUUCUUUUGGGUCAAAACUAGAAUCUGCUACAGUCAAAGAAAACCGCUGUGUCAGUAAAUUUAAACGUGUGUGUGUGUGUGUGUGUAUAUAUAUAUAUAUACUGUAAAUAUAUUUAACAGACUCACCUGUUGUGCUUUAACUUGAGCAUCCACUGACACCUGUAGCAGAUCUCAGUCAAAUCCACACUAGACGGAGAAAAUGCCACUUUGAUACAAAUUGUAUCAUUAAGUCUCUGAUAUUCUACACAGUACAUAUGGACUUGUUGAUCCAUAUUCAUGAAACACUCUUGAUGUAUAUGAUGAAGUGCAUUGACUGGCAAUAGUUCCAAAUGUUCCAAUGUUUUUAAUCUUGGGAGAAAAAAAAACCUCGUUAUUUUUCCAGUAUGUUUAGGAAAUUGAACAAGUUGUCUUCCUUGUGGUUUUAGGGGUUACAUCUUUUUCUGUGCUUUUGGGUUUGAAGCUGGCUUGUCAAAUUUAAUCGCCCACCUGCUCAAUAUUAAGCAUUUGGCACUUUUUUUUUUUGCCAAAUGCUUUCUGUCCGAGAGUUUUUACAUGACAUCCAAAACAAACAAAGCUUCUCUAGUAAAAUAAUUUUUUUGUUCUUUUAAUUUCAUGAAUAAGCUUUAAACUUUUACUUUUGCUGUUAAACAAUGUAAAUGUAGUGAGUGCUCCCCAUAUGCUGCCUUUUGAGACAAAAGUCAAAAAUAUUUAAGGUGGUCAAAGCUACACAGGACAAAUUUGAAAAAUUGUCAACUGCCAUUUUUCCGCUUGUUGGAAAAUGUACUCUACAAAUUCCAGAUUUGGAAGCUUAUCUGGAAAAGUAUGACCUUGCAUUUGUGGAUUCCCACUUGCAUAGGACUUAUAAAACCACGGUGCAGUCGAUAACCUUGAUGUCACUACGUGCGGGGAGUCUGUCAGUCAUGUGACAUUGCACUUAUGAGCGAUAGUCACCAAACUUGGUUUUUGCAUUAUGCAGUGACCCCCAAAAAGCCUACUGAUUUGGGGGUCAAAAGGUCAAGGUCCCUGAAGCAUACCUUGUAAAAAUCUGUUGAGCACAGUAACUAAUUGAAAGCUAUGGGGCUACCCAAAUUUCACUAAACUGAUAUAAUUUAGUUUUCACUGAAAUUCAACCAUUGUGUUUUAUUUAUUUAAAAAUGAGUUUUGAAAUUAUAGUUUAUUUUAAUGAGAACAUAUUUGGGGGGGGGAAUUCAAUAACAUUUUAUUUUCCUUUUAACGCUGUCUGUAGGCGUUACUGCGUGUGCACAUCCAUGAGCUUUCGAAGAGACUGGAAGUUACUUUUGACCUUGCAAGGUUCUCGCCAGUGCCGUUGAGCAUAGGGGGCCCCUAUGCUGUUAUUUAACCCGCAUAGGGGGGCUUUUCUGUUUUUUUAUUUUUUUAAAAAGGACAUGUCGCAUGUUAUUUAACGUCUCAGUCAGCAACAUAAAGUGGCCCUCAAAAUGCUGGAAAUAGUGUUUCAAAGGGUUAUAAAUUUCAAAGUUUUUUCGGAGGGAUGCCCCCGGACCCUCCUAUAAUACUUGCACCUGCAUCGCUCGUCGAGUGGCUGGGCACCAUUAAGUUCCCCCUUAUGCUGUGAAAAAUCCUGGUGAGAACUCUAUCUUGGGUAAUGUGUGCAUACAUCGCAUGCAUGUCUGCGAGAUGUCUUGUAAAUCACUUCAGAGAUAUCUGGUUACAAAUACAGCAUUUUUAGUUUUAGAAGUGUUUAUUUCUCACUAGCUUUUACAUAACACAUGAAAAACGUUAGAUUUACACAAACGUAGUGGUUUCGAAGCAUUUCCCGCCAUGUUGGCUUAGCAGCCAGAAAGAGACCAGCCAGCAGGUGGCACUGUGCAUCCAUACUGUCUGCUUCCCAACAUCCCUCCGCAAGUCUGGGGAAGCCCCCUACAUGAUCUAUGACAUAGCUAUUAUAAUCUGCAUGUCACUGCUGUAAACAGUUCAAGGUAGUCUGUUCUUUUUAAAUUUUCCCCUUCAUGAGAAUUUUCUUUAAAUUGUUUUCUAGACAAUGAAAUUUUCAUCAUAUUGGUAAUGCCAUUACGAAUCCCCUAUCCCAUAAGGCUAAUAAAUAAAUUUAUGCCUUAAAUCUUACACAGCUCAAUGGCCCGUUACCUUUAACUGCCCAAUUGCCACCAGACUUGGGGUGUGUUUUAGGCAUAUUGACCCCAACAAGUCUAUCGACCACAAGCCAAGGUCACUGGACUGUAUUUAGUAAGAAAAUGUGAGUGCAAUAUCUAAUUGAAUGUCACCAAAUUUAGUAUUAGUUUUAGGCAUGGUGACCCCAUGCCAACUGAUUUUAUGGUAAAAAAUAAAUAAAUAAAAGCAGUAGUCUUCUGCAGAAAACUUCUCUUGUCAACAUUUGCCCAUAGUACUAUGGGUUCACAGGCUGUUUUUUUAAAUUACGAUGCAUGUAUUUUUAAGAUGUUUAGUCUGUCAAAGUUAUCUGCAUCUCAAUUUGAUCAGGACCAACAGUUCCAGUAAAUAAACACUUACUGAGGACUUCAUGUCUGGAAUGCAGCAUUAAUCAGUGACAAUGCCACCAUGACCAGGGUGCAGAUAAGCAGCAGAGAAUUAAUGAAUGAACCACUCGUGUAAAAACAAAUUUUUAACAUUAAGUGAUGUGUUGGGAUUUUUGGAAUGAUUUUGUUUCAGUCAAUGUCUAAGUGCACCAUUCAAGCCAGCUACAUACAACCCAUCAGCUUCCUAAGUCCUAUGUGGCAGAUUGUUAAAAAAAAAAAAACUAUAAAAUAACAUGCUGUUGAUGAGAAACCUCUGUGUGUACUGAAGAAGCGCCUUCUCUCCGGCCUCCUGGCACCGUGUGUCAGUGUGGGACCAGAGUGUGGGCCCAAAGUAAUGCCUCUUCAUGGCACUGUGCUUAUGACACAUCCAAUACUCUGAACUAUGUUCAGCUAACUACUUCUGCAUGUUUUGAAUUUGUUGGCUUUUUGGACGUCUGCUGUGAUUAGUGUGUGUAAA